AUGGAAACGGAGUCGGUGAGGUCUGAGCUGAGCAGCCGGUCGCGAAGGAGCUCGAGGCACCGGCAGCACACGCAUCGAAGCACCCGAAGCACAAAGUCACAGAGGAAAGAAUCUUCAGAUAACACAAUGGCACCAUUCCAAACUAGUGUAAACAUUAACCCAGAGAUGGGUAGAGAUGGACAGGAAGUCAUAGAGGUUCAAAUCUUGCCACAGGACGAGAACUGGGGAGAAAACACUACUGCAGUCACUGGAAACACUUCCGAGGGGUCCCAAUCAAUGGAAGAUGUCAGCAACUGGCCUAUGGAGUCAGAUAAUGGAAUUGGGUUUGUGUGUACCAGAUAUUUUGGCACAACAAUAGCCCUUGGACUGUCGUUUGUCUCAUUUGUCAGUCCUCUAGCAAUGGUGGUGCUGCCAAAGAUUGGAUUCUUCCCUGGAUUGUCAGAUAAUAUAGCGAUACAACCAAGUCAGAGGAUACAGCUGCUCUCUUGCACAGCUGAAUGUAAAGGAAUACUCCUUUCUCUUGCCUUCAAACUUGUAUUACUAGCCAUUGGAGUAUGGGCUGUAUUCCUAAGACCAAGAAAUGCUAUAUUGCCAAGGAUAUUUGUCUUUAGAGCUAUGACACUGGUCAUUCUAGCUGUAUGUAUAUUUUCAUACUGGUUGUUCUACAUUGUGCAGAUAACAGAGGCAACAAAAGCUCUUGCAGUGGGCGAGGACGCGAUAGAUUAUAACUCCUUAGUAUCUUAUGUAUCCAGUUUUGCUGAUACAUUACUGUUUAUACAUUAUAUAGCUGUAAUUUUGAUGGAGAUCAGGCAUUUGGAGCCUGUGUACUAUAUAAAGAUUGUUCGGAGCCCUGAUGGUGAAAGCAGGUCUUAUUCUAUCGGACAGUUGAGCAUACAAAGAGCAGCUGUGUGGGUUCUACAGAAGUAUUACACCGAGUUUCCGAUAUACAAUCCGUAUUUGGAGAAGAUUCCUAUAUCUAAGUCACAGAGGAAGGCGCAGUCUAGUAUAAAGUUCUAUGAAGUGGAUGGGUCUACUAAUGCCACGCCUGGACAAGCUAGAUCUACAACAGGGUCCUGUGGUGGCGGGAGCACUCGUCGCCGCGACUCUGGGUCGGCGCACAACGAGCGAUACUACGAGGAGGCCGAGCGCGAGCGACGCGUGCGCAAGCGACGCGCGCGACUGCUCACCAGCGCUGAGGAUGCGUUCGCGCAUGUACGCAGGGUGCGCGUCUCUAGUAAUGGUACGGGCGGCGCGCUAGGUCCCCGCGAGGCGGCGCAGGCAGUGUUCCCGUCGCUGGCGCGCGCGCUGCAGAAGUACCUCCGCGCCACGCGACAGCAACCGAGACAUUCUGCUGACUCUGUUCUCGCACAUUUAGCGCGUUGUCUCUCUCAAGAUGCAUCGCCACGUGCCUUCCUAGAGCCAUUCUUGGUUGAGGGACCUGUAUUGGCAGCGGACCAAGAGACGAGACCCAUUCAGAGAUGGUCUCUGAUCUCCGACGAGCUUCUAGCCAGACCGUUAGCAGAUAACGUGGAAUUCCAACUAAGACAGGGUGAUAUAUCACUUAUUUGUACUAUAAAGCAACUGCCCAAGUUCUCACUAACAGAAGAGGUCGUUGACCCUAAAAGCAACCGAUUCAUUUUGCGGCUAAAUUCAGAGACGUCCGUCUGA